GGAGGGCUCUGCACCUCUUUACUCUUUUAGACCCUCCCAGCACAGGAAUAUCAUCUGCUCUCUUGUGGAGGAUCAGUGCUAGAUGGGACCAAAACCUUUCACAACUUUUGCUGGCUCACUGAAUCUAAGCACGGACCUCAAGGGAACGAGUAAUGUGUAGACAUUUAAAGACACAUGCUGAUUUUUUCCUUUUUUAAUGAAGUACCUUUUGCUAGUUCUGUUCUAUCUCUCCUUGGAGCCAGCUAUUGGUUUGAAGUGUGAGGUUUGUUUUUUUUCUUGACGUUUGGAUUUGAAAAAACAAGAACAUCAUGACUCUUCUUGGUUCAGAACACUCUUUGCUGAUUCGCAGCAAGUUCAGAUCAGUUCUUCAAUUAAGGCUACAGCAAAGGAGAACACGUGAGCAGCUUGCAGAUCAAGGUAUCAUGCCUCCUUUGAAGAGUCCAGCUGCAUUCCAUGAGCAGAGGAAAAGUCUUGAACGAUCCAAGACAGAAGAUUAUUUAAAGCACAAAAUCAGAAGCAGACCUGAGAAGUCAGAUUUGGUCAAUAUGCGCAUUUUACAAGACUCAGCCACUGAAGGCUCCAUACAGGCCACUCAGAUGAAACUGAAGCGAGCCAGGCUAGCUGAUGAUCUUAAUGAGAAAAUUGCACUAAGACCAGGCCCAUUGGAGCUGGUAGAAAAGAAUAUCAUUCCUGUUGAUUCAGCAGUCAAAGAAGCUGCAAUGAAAGCAAAUCAUGCAAAAUUCCCAAAGAAAGAGGACUCAUAUGCAUUUGAGGAGGACAGCAGUAGUGACAGCCUGUCACCAGAGCAACCCAGAAGCAAUGAGUCUCAAGCUUCAGUGUGUUCCCCAUCAGAGCCCAAGAGCAGUGAUGCAUCCUCUCCUGCCACAACAGGUGCUAUACAGGGAUCCCAAAACCGAGACAUUAAUGGACAAACUGUUUCACCCAACAACCAGACAGCCCAAGAAGAAAGUCCAUCCAUCAUCAGCAAUCAGUUAACCCCACCUAUACCUGUUCCUGCUAUUGCAAAGCAGUCAAAAACAUCAGAUAAGAAUCGACACAAGAAACCCAAAGACACUAAACCCAAAGUGAAGAAAUUGAAAUACCAUCAGUACAUUCCACCUGAUCAGAAGGCAGAGAAAUCUCCUCCACCUAUGGACUCUGCCUAUGCCAGGCUUCUCCAGCAGCAGCAACUCUUCCUGCAGCUCCAAAUUCUAAGCCAGCAGAAACAUCACCAACACCCACAGCAGCGCCAGCAACACUUCAACUACCAGACCCUGCACCAAUCCCAGCUCAAGCAAUCCAAUGAAUCCCUUCCAAGGAAUACAACUGCUCCAACCAGUACUAUGACAACCAACACUUUGUCACCAGUGAAAAGCACAUAUUCUGGACAAACACCCAUUUCACCAAUAAAGCCAGGGCCUUUACCGACCAAUCUUGAUGACCUAAAAGUGUCUGAGCUGAGACAGCAGCUGAGAAUCCGGGGCCUGCCCGUAUCUGGAACCAAAACAUCGCUCAUGGAGCGGCUUAGGCCUUUCCAGGAUCCCAGUGUCAGCCCAGUGUCCAGCUCCAGUGACAUUACCACCGUCACGUUCCCAGUAACUCCCAGCAGCUCAAUGUCAUCAUACCAUUCUCAAAGUUCAUCAAGCACAAUGUCCAAUGGGUUCUACCAGUUCAGCAGCACCAGCUCUACUCCUCCAAUUUCACCAGCCUCUUCCGAUCACUCUGUCAGCGGCUCUUUACCAGACACCUUCAGUGAUGUUACCAUGUCCUCUCCACAGUUUGCCCUGCAGCCUUCCCCUGCUCACAUGAGUGCUGACGAAGGGCUGGCCGGCAGCAUGAAUGGAGGUUGCUUGCAGACUGAAGGUGAAGGCCUGGAUGCAGAAAAAGACAAAAUGCUGGUGGAGAAGCAGAAGGUGAUUGACGAGUUGACCUGGAAACUCCACCAGGAACAACGGCAAGUAGAGGAACUCAAGAUGCAGCUCCACAACAGGAAACGCAACCACAGCCAACAGGACACCCAAGUCUCCCCUCAUCAGCAGCAACACUUCUUUGGUGUUUCCAUUAAGCAAGAGCAUGUAGUGUCCAGUUGUCCACUCUCCUCCAAGCAAAUGAAAAGUCCUCCCAGCAGCUGUAUGGAAAACCUGAACUCCAUGUCUGGCUUGACGAGCCCCCGCUGCCUGGAUUCAGCCAGUGGAAGUCCAAUUCUGUCUGCCUUCCUGAGUCCCCAGUGCUCACCACAGCACUCCCCGCUCACCAAGUCAGCAAGCAGUCCACAGCACAGCAGCCUGCCUCCAUCCCCUAACACCCCAUACUUGCUGUCCAUCUCACCCACUGCACAGACUGGAGAUUGUCGCAGCCGCUCACCACAGCAAAACGGCAACAGACAACGGACAAUACAGGUUCAGCAGAAUAGCAGUGGCCAACCUGUGAAAUCUUGCCCAUACUCUACUGACCAAAGAAACAUGCAACCUGUAUUCACUAGUGCUACUGACAAUACCUUCAACCAAAGGGAUCUCUCUACACCAAGGAGUCCAAAUGUACAACACAAGAUGGCUAUAUUACACUCUCCAAGACACGUGGGUCAAAAGUAUCCAAUCUCUUCUGCUGCCUUCUGUAGCUCAGACUCUACUGCAUCAAAGAUAAAACAGCCCCCCUCCUAUGAGGAUGCAGUAAAGCAGCAAUUGACCAGAAGCCAGCAGAUGGACGAACUCCUUGAUGUGCUCAUUGAAAGUGGAGAAAUGCCUGCUAAUGCCAGGGAAGAAAGGCCCUGUAUCACAAAAGUUGUGCCUCACAUUACAGUAUCCUCUGGAAGCUCCAGCAUGCCUGUUCCAAAAAUGCAUAGGCACUUUGAACACGUGUCCCCCACCCAGCUUUCCUUGGAGCAUGCUCCCAACAGCGACCAUCACCUUGAGGCUUUAUUAAACAGUCCCAUAAGCAGAGCAAAUGACAUUAUUCUUCUAAAAAUUGGGAGUGAUGACGCUCAACUAGAAGAGGCACCAGAGGGGUUUUCUGGAUCCCAUCAGGAUAAACUGCUGAACAGCCGUGAAAUGAUGGAAACUCCACUCUCGCCAAUGGAUGCCAGGGUAUCACCUUCAACAGAAGGACAAGGACUAAACUUGAAUUUUACAGAAGCACCAUGGGAAACCAUGGAAUGGCUAGAUCUUACUCCACCUAGUUCAGCAUCAGGCUUUAACUCUGUUCCAUCAUCUGGACCCAGUAUUUUCAACACAGAAUUCCUGGAUGUGACAGACCUUAACUUGAACUCUGCCAUGGACCUUCAUUUAGAGCAAUGGUGAACAUUAAGGUACCCUAAGAAUUAUUUCAAAGCUUUGUUGCAUUCUCUAUGAUUUGAUAGCAACACAAUGAAUACAUAUGUUAAAAAGGAUGACAAGUUUUAAAUUGUUUAAGAAAUAUACAAGGCAUUCGCUUCUAUCUAGUUUUGUAGAGGUGAUCUGAAAAGGAACAUUUUGAAAAGAGAAAAAAUGUUGUCUUGGAUACUCUUGGCUAAAUACCUAGAGCUGCAAUCAGUUGAAUGCAGCUAUGAUUACUAUGCAUUACUAACUUCCCAUUUUGUUCUGGUCCAUCAAGACUUUGAGCUUGCCAGGACCACUGUCCUGUAGUCACAGCCAUUUGUUACAGGUACGUCUGUGGCAGUACUUCAGUAUCAUGAUGCCAAAUAUUUGAAGAAAAAAAAAACGUUUUGGUAUUACUGGAAAAAAAUAAAUACAACUGAAAAGGGGUUUUAUUUUGAUUGACCUAUUGGCUGAAAGGUACAAAUUUACAAUUAUAUAAAAUACUUGCUAAACAUAAAUAAUAUGUAAAUAGUAUAUUAUUUGUAUUUUGUAAAAACGAAGAAAAUGUGUAAAAGCAGGCAGAGGUCUCCAUUAAAUCAGAGCUUUUUCAGCAUGUAGCACAAUACCACCUACACUGUAGUGCUACUGCACAGAAAAUGAUAGAUACUCCCUGUUUUUAUUGUAAAUAUAUGAAUGCUCACAUUGCACAGUUAGUAUAGAUCUAUUUAUCACAAAUUGCAUUUUAUUGGAUGUUUUAAUUGCAGGAGUGAAAGCAUUUAGAAGCUAUUCCCUGCAAAUAUUUUAUAGCAUUUUGAAAUCACAUUUGCUUUACAUAUUUAUGAGCUGCACCACAUUAAGUGGAAAAGUAGUAUAUAAAACAUUUAUUUUUAUGAAUAUAGAACAUUUCCUUACACAACAAAAAACAUGCAUGAUUUUCCAUGGAAAAAAUUGGGCAAACAAGUAGUAACUAUACUCAUAGAUAUUCCACCUUUCUCAAAGUCAUAUCAUUUUUCAUAUUUAAAAUGUCGUCAUUAUUAUACUCUCCACAAAACAUUUUCGAACUGAAAGUACUAAAAAGCUUAAGUUAGUUUUUUUGCUGUCAGAUAGACAGCACAUAGAAAAAAUAAGUGACAAUGGAACCUGUAUUUUCCUGAAACAGAUGACAUACAUACAUUUUAUUUAAGCAUUUUUCAUCCAGCUAAAGUAUCCUGCUGACUCCUGAUUUGUAUAUGCACCUUUUAAUGGUGCCACUAAUAUUUUAUUUUUAACCUAAGUGAUAUUUCUAUUAAGGGGUGAUUUUGUGCCACCCCUUCUACAUUACAACCUCAUCCCAAACAGUUUAGGAUUUUUUUAGUAUUGGACACAAAAUCCAGGAGUGUGCCUUGAUUUAUCUUAACCUCCACCACUAGAUUGUAGCCCUAGUCUUACUACUCUGGGAUCAACUUUAUUUCACUUUUGUUAAAAAAAAAACAUACAGAGUACUGCACCAUUUUCCUUUAGCAAAAUAUCCUAGAAGUGCUGAAUUUCUCAGAUUUAUUACUUUCAACUUCAUAUUUUGCAUAAAACAUUCCAAUAUUAUAUAAUUUGGAUUUUCUUAUGUAUGCCAAGUAUUAUGUAGAUGUAGGUCUAACCACACACAGUUUAUUUAAAAAACUCACCUAAAAACGUUUUGUAAUUUAAACAAAAGAACCUUCUGAAUUAUUUAUAUCUUUUUCUAAAAUAUUUUUUAUUCUGAAAUGUUGAAAGUACUGAAUAAUUUUCUAUAAAGGUGAAAAGGUCCAACCAAAUCAGCACUUCAUUGUAAUAUCUACCGAUUAUAUCAGUUUGUUAAAUGACAUUUUAUCUUCAAAUUAUAUAUCUGGUCUUCCCAAAAGCAGGGCUAUACUACUAUGUGUUGUUUUUGAAGGGUACAUAUUGUACUACAAACCUCAGUGACGAUAGCCUUGCAGCUUCCAACUACAUUGUUAUUCUCAAUCAAAAUUAAUAUUUAUCAUGAGAACUGGAGCUAAACACCCAUUGUCUCUUAGAAGAACAGCCAUGACAGACAUGAAAGAUAUAUGGUACAUGAACAUUUAGAUUACCAUUCAAAAUCAGAUAAACUUUUCUUAUUUCAAUCCACAUAUUGGUACUUAAUUUAAUGGGUGCAAAAAACAGCCAUGAAAAAUAUCAAAUAACAUUUCCAAAACCUAUCUGCUUGUUAGAUUUAUUUGGUUGUUUUAUUCUAUGCUUUUACAGCACAUCUUUCCCAGCACAUCAUUCAACAAUUAAUACAGAUCAGACCGUUAUAAGCAAUCAUAUUCUACGUUCUAUAAAUGCAAUGGAAAAUCCAUUGUUGCCUUCACCAUAUAGAAAUUAGUAGAGAUGUGUGAUUUUAUACUGUGCAUGCCUUCAGUAAUUUACAUUGAAUGUUUUAGGUACUGUGGCACAAACUUAAUAGUUUAAAGUUCUGUGACACAAGUGCAUUAGUAAUUUACCCUACUAUCAAAAUGAAAUGGUAUUCUGCUUUAAAAAUGAAACAAAGCAAAAGUGAAGGGAAUGUAUGCUUUGUGAAGUUGUUUAAAUAUUUGUAAUUAAAAUAAAAAGGUUUUAUAUUUUGUGUUUCACAACACGUUUUCCAGGAAACUAUAUUUUGUAUGAAGAAAGUACAUUGUGAAAAGCCAAACAAAUAACACUGAAUUUUGUAGAGCUAAGAUGUUAGGAAAAGGUGAUAGAUAACUUUCAGGUGACUGAUGUAGAAAAAAUUGCAAAUAUUUAAAAGGAAUAUUCUUUCAAAAAUACAAUAAAACAUUUUGAAGACA